AUGGUGGCGGAUCUCAAUAUCCAUGAAGAACUGCCAGAGAGGAAACUAAGCAAGCAACUCGCUGUUACAGUUAGGAAGAUCCAGUGGAGCUAUGCGUUCUUCUGGUCCACCUCCACCAGGCAACCAGGUGUCUUGGAAUGGAGUGAGGGACACUACAAUGGUGAGAUAAAGACGAGGAAGACGACGCAAUCAACAGAGCCUGACAUUGACCAAGUGGGCCUUCAGAGGAGCAAGCAACUGAGAGAGUUGUAUGAAUCACUUCUAUCAGGUGAGUGCAAUCGGCAGAUCAGAAGGCCUUCUGCUUCACUGUCUCCUGAGGAUUUGACAGAGGCAGAGUGGUAUUACAUGCUUUGCAUGUCCUUCACAUUCAGCACAGGACAAGGGUUGCCAGGUAAAGCACUAGCAAACAAUCAACACAUCUGGUUGAACACUUACCAGUUUUCAGAUAGCAAGGAAUUUGCACGCUCUCUUUUAGCAAAGGCUGCAUCUGUUCAGACAGUGGUAUGCAUCCCUAUAAAGGGUGGUGUACUGGAGCUUGGUACAACUGAAUUCAUUUUGGAGGAUCCUGCUCUCAUAAAGCAGAUCAAAAGUUUCUUCCAUCAGCUACCAAAUCCAGUUUGCUCUGAGCAACCUACAUCCACUCCCCAAGUGGCUGAGAAUGAUGAAGAUAUGUUAUGCCCUGUUCUUGAUAAUGACACAGAUAAUUCUAUGUUCUUGGAGAACCAAAAACAGAUUAAUAUUUGUCAAACACAUUUGUAUGCCUCUGCUGAACAAUCAGACUCAGUCCAAUGCAAGGUCGGGAAACAUGUAGGUUCUUCUCGUGACAGCUCCAAUGACUGCUGCCCCAUUCAGCAGCUUGAAGAUUUAUUUGGAUUUGAUUGGCUAGAUGGCGUCUCUCAGACUCAGAAUUGGCAGUUCAUUGGUGAUGAUGAGGAUGAGGAUGAGUCCAGCAAUGGCCUGCAUGGCUCUCUAAACACAAAUGAGCGUGUAUCAAUGUCCUUUGUUAAUGCCCAGAAAGUUGUCUCUUCUACGGUGGGGGAGAGAACAAGAAAUCAGAUGCUCAUGUCACUGGAUCUUGAUGGCUCUGCUAACAUCUUGCGGAACUCAAAACGUGCAAAACCUGAUUCAUGCUUUCCGAGGGUUUCGCACGGAUCCAGCUUCAUAACCUGGAGAAAAAGCAUGAACACCCCAAAGCCAUGCGUUAGAGCCCCACAAGAACUGUUGAAGAAGAUCUUAAUGGAUAGAGCAUGGCUGGGUGGUGGUCACCGGCUGAAGCGUCGAGUGAAAAAUGGGCUACCGGAGAAAUUUUGGAGACCAGAAGGAGGCGCCCGUGCAAGUCAUGUGCUGUCAGAGAGGAAGAGAAGAGAGAAGCUGAAUGAGAAGUUUCUUGUUCUGAGAUCACUAAUUCCUUCGGUCAGCAAGGUUGACAAGGCAUCCGUCCUUGAUGACACCAUAGAGUACCUGAAAGAUCUCGAGAGAAGAGUGCAGGAGUUGGAAUCCUGCCGGGGGUCGGUUGAGCGAAGGAAGCAUUUUGCUGUAGCAGAGAGAACAUCCGGCAACGAAGAGAUCAUGAACGGCAAGAGGAAAGCAUGUGACGUCGACGAAGCAGAGACCCAGCACAACUGGGCCGUGUCCAAGGAUGGUCCGAUCCAUGUCACAAUCACCAUGAAGGAGAAAGAGGUGUCGAUCGAGAUGCGCUGCCCAUGGAGGGAACAUUUGCUGUUAGAGAUCAUUGGAUCGAUGAGCGACCUCCGUUUGGAUCCUCUCUCGGUGCAGUCGUCCACUGUCGAUGGCAUGCUUGCAUUGACACUAGAAUCCAAGAUGAGAAGCACCGCUGCUGCCUCACCAACAAUGAUAGAGAGAUCACUUCAAAGAGUGAUAGCUAAAUGCCUGUGA